AUGCAGCAACCUGAAGAUGGGGCCAUCGCUUUGAGUAAGGCCGAGGAUAUCAUCGCUGCGGAGAUUGAGAAACGUACCGAUCGCAUCGAUGAUGCCAGUGAUGACAAACCUGCCGACUCACAAAAACCUACAAGCAAAUCAAUCCUUUCAAUAGAUGAAGAUGCAGCCUUUGGGCAUCUUCCCGAACAUGAGAAGGAAAUCCUCAAGAGACAGCUUGAUGCGCCCAAAGUCAAGAUCUCCUUCUUUGGGUUGUAUCGCUAUGCUUCCAAAUUUGAUCUUCUUAUUAUUGCGAUCAGCGCUCUCUGCGCUAUCGUGGCAGGCGCAGCAAUGCCUCUAUUUACAAUCCUCUUUGGAUCAUUAACUUUGGCAUUUCAAGGAAUCGAGCAGCAAACAAUCACCUAUGACAGAUUUAUCCAUGAACUUGACAAAAAUGUCUUGUACUUUGUUUAUCUAGGAAUCGCUGAAUUCGCCACCGUCUACAUUAGCAUGGUGGGGUUCAUCUACACCGGAGGCCAAGUCACCCAAAAGAUACGGGAAAACUAUCUCAAAGCCAUCCUGCGCCAAAACAUCGCCUAUUUUGAUCAGCUCGGGGCUGGUGAAUUGACUACUCGCAUCACGUCUGACACUAACCUCAUUCAAGACGGCGUCUCCCAAAAAGUUGGCCUGACUCUAACGGCCUUGGCCACUUUCGUGACAGCGUUUAUCGUGGCUUAUGUGAAAUAUGCGCGCCUGGCGGGCAUCUGCACAUCCACUAUCGUCGCGCUGACCCUUGUGAUGGGCAUCGGAUCUCAGUUCAUUAUCAAGUACAGCAAAUUGUCUCUCAACCAUUACGGAGCCGGUGAUACGGUCGCGGAAGAAGUCAUCAGUUCGAUCCGGAUUGCCACAGCCUUUGGAACGCAGGAGAAACUUGCGAAACAAUAUGACUCGCAUCUAAGUCUUGGAGAGAAAUACGGAAUCCGUCUACAGAUCUCCUUAUCUCUGAUUUUAGGUCCUAUGUUCGCCAUCAUGUUUUGGAACUAUGGACUUGGUCUUUGGAUGGGAUCUCGCUAUUUGGUAGCACAUCAAGUCAAUGCUGGCCAGGUAUUGACUGUGCUGAUGGCUAUCUUGAUUGGCUCUUUCAGUCUAGGGAAUGUGAGCCCAAACGCGCAAGCAUUUACUAGCGCUAUCGCUGCGGCUACCAAGAUUUUUAAUACGAUUGACCGGAUCUCCCCAAUCGAUCCCACAUCUAACGAGGAAGGUUUGAUCCUUGAUCAUGUCGAGGGCAAUAUUGAGCUGCGGAAUGUUAAGCAUAUUUACCCAUCUCGCCCGGACGUUACGGUAAUGCAUGAUAUGUCGUUAUCGAUCCCUGCUGGUAAAGUUACUGCGCUUGUCGGUCCGUCCGGCUCAAGUAAAAGUACUGUGAUGGAUCUCAUUGAAAGGUUCUAUCUUCCAGUUGGAGGCACCAUUCUUUUGGAUGGUCAUGAUACCCAGACCUUAAACCUACGCUGGCUACGUCAACAAAUCUCCCUUGUCAGUCAGGAACCGGUGCUCUUUGGAACAACAAUCUAUAACAAUAUCCGCCAUGGGCUUAUCGGGUCCAUAUUUGAGAACGAAUCAGAGGAGAAAGUUCACGAGCUUGUGCAGAAUGCGGCGCGCAUAGCGAAUGCUCACGGAUUUAUCUCUGCCCUUCCAAAUGGGUAUGACACCAGCGUGGGUGAAAGAGGCUUCUUGCUUUCUGGUGGCCAGAAACAACGCAUUGCAAUCGCUCGUGCAGUUGUUUCUGAGCCUAAGAUCCUGUUGCUGGAUGAAGCAACCUCGGCUUUAGAUACCAAGUCAGAAGGUGUGGUCCAGGCUGCGAUUGAUCGCGCGAGCAAGGGGCGUACAACGAUUGUCAUUGCACAUCGUCUAUCCACGAUCAAAACAGCGCACAAUAUUGUGGUCCUAUUGAACGGCCGGAUCGUGGAACAGGGUGUGCAUGACAAUCUGAUCCAGAUGGAUGGCCCUUAUUCUAAACUGGUCGAGGCUCAACGCAUCCGAGAAGAGAAUACAACCGACAGACGAGAGGAUCAUGAGGAUGACUAUGACUCUGAAGGGUCUACCAGAACGAAGGACAUUGUACAGAUAAACUCUAUUAAUAGUGGUUCCAUUUCCCGAAGGGAUGAGGCUGGAGCUGGGAUUUUCGAGAAAGAAGUCCGUCAAAUUGAUUCACGAAAGUCGGCUACUGGAGAUAUCUUCGCCACCGGUGACCCUGAUUCUGAGCGAAAAUACUCUCUUUGGACCCUUAUUAAAUUCAUUGCGUCGUUCAACAAAGAGGAAUGGCGAUGGCUGAUCGUUGGUCUGAUGUUUUCUUGCCUGGCUGGUGGCGGCCAGCCUGUUCAAGCAUACCUCUUUGCUAAGGCCAUCAGCACCCUCUCCCUACCCGAAUCGAUGUAUGACAAACUUCGACAUGACGCAAAUUUCUGGUCGUUAAUCUUUUUCGUUAUCGGUAUCGUCCAGUUUAUUACAUUCGGGACCCAUGGACUCGCCUUCGGUAUUUGCUCUGAGCGACUGGUGUCCAGGUCCCGCAGCAAAGCUUUCCGGAUGAUUCUCCGCCAGGAUAUCAGCUUUUUUGACCGAGAUGAGAACACAACGGGUGCCUUGACAUCAUUUCUAUCCACCGAAACGAAAUACCUCGCUGGCAUCAGUGGCCAAAAUCUUGGAAUGAUAUUGAUGACAUCCACGACGCUGAUAGCCGCCAUGUGUAUCUCACUGGCGUUUGGCUGGAAGCUUGCACUCGUCUGUAUUUCAACCCUGCCAAUCCUUUUAGGAUGUGGAUUUUAUCAGUUUUACAUGCUCGCUGCGUUUGCGCAAAAGUCCAAGACUGGGAACCAAGACUCCGCCUCGUACGCCUGUGAAGCCACCUCGGCGAUUCGGACGGUAGCUGCUCUGACUCGCGAGCGGGAUGUGUGGACCAGCUAUCACGAUAUCCUACAAGCGCAGAGUCGUGCGAAUAUAAUCUCAGUCUUGAAAUCCUCGAUUCUCUACGCUGCCUCUCAAGCAUUGGUGUUUUUCUGCGUCGCACUAGGCUUCUGGUAUGGUGGUAGUUUGCUGGGACGUGGCGAGUACAACACUUUUCAAUUCUUCGUGGCUUUCUCCGAAAUUCUAUUCGGCGCCCAGUCCGCUGGUGCAGUCUUUUCCUUCGCUCCCGAUAUCGGUAAAGCGAAGAACGCUGCUUUCGAGCUCCGCAAGUUAUUCGAUCUUCGACCGAAAAUCGAUACCUGGUCUACCGAGGGCGAGAUACUAAACCGCGAGAAGGAGCAUGUGAAGGGUGCGAUUGAGUUCAAAGAUGUCCACUUCAACUACCCGACUCGACCCAGCCAGCCAGUUCUUCGGGGAUUGAAUCUAAGCGUUCAACCAGGGCAAUAUAUUGCCUUGGUCGGGCCCAGCGGGUGCGGCAAGAGUACAACAAUUGCCCUGCUUGAACGCUUCUACAAUGUUUCGUCGGGAGAAAUUCUUAUAGAUGGAAAGAACAUCACUGAUGUCAACAUCAACUCAUAUCGGAGUUAUUUCUCGCUUGUUAGCCAGGAGCCUACCCUGUAUCAGGGCACUAUCAAAGAUAAUAUCAUGCUUGGUAUUGACCACACCGAUGUUUCGGAAGAUGAGAUUAUUCAGGUUUGCAAGGACGCCAAUAUCUAUGAUUUUAUCAUGUCUCUUCCGACCGGAUUCGAGAGCAUCAUUGGAACAAAGGGGAUAAUGUUAUCAGGCGGUCAAAAGCAGCGCGUGGCGAUCGCCCGUGCCCUCCUGCGAAAUCCUAGAAUUCUACUACUAGACGAAGCAACAUCAGCACUUGAUUCACAAUCUGAAAAGAUUGUUCAAAAUGCGUUGGAUGCCGCGGCUCGUGGCCGGACUACGAUCGCCGUUGCCCAUCGACUGAGCACAAUUCAAAAAGCCGACAUGAUCUAUGUAUUUGACCAGGGUCAGAUCAUUGAGCAAGGCACACACCAUGAAUUGCUGCGCCAAAAGGGCCAUUAUUACGAAUUGGUUAACCUUCAAAGCUUAGGGAAAGCUCAUUAA